AUGUCUGGUGGAGCGAUCCUUAAAGGCGAUCGGACUGGGGAUCGCAUUAGUUUCCUUCGAACAGUGACCCAGUACGGUUCUUUGAGCGGAAUCAACAUGGGACCUCUCGCCAUAGGUGCUUUGGUGGGCUUGACCGUACUCGCGCUUUGCGAGUGGACAAGUGCAGAUGCCAUGAGCUGCGAUUGCAAUUGGGACGGCUGUAUUAUGAUGAAUCCCACGACCGAUGCGCUGAAAAACGCCGAAUCAACUUGUGCGACGGAGAAACAUAACAUAAAUAAUCUGAUGAUCGUAAGAUUCUACCACGAAAACCUGACAACUAAUACUUUCGGUUCCUUCCCUUACCUGACCGAUCUGGAAAUCAACGACGGAAUGCUGAGCAACAUUGAACCGGGAGCGUUCGAGAAAACACCUUAUCUAAAGGCAUUCAUCAUCCGUAAUAACAUGAUCAACACACUGCAGAACGAUACCUUCCGCGGACUGUACGCACUGGAGACCCUGUUCAUUAUCUCCAGCGAGCUCACUACCAUCAGCCCGAACGCCUUUAAUGGCCUGAAGAACCUUACCCAUCUCGACUUGAUGGGCAACAAACUCACGCAACUACCGGAAAAUUUGUUCGCAUCCUCUCCAGCGCUCACAUCGAUCAUCUUGGAAAAAAACCUCAUAAGCAACGUUCUGCCAGCUAGCAUUUUCAAUAAUAUGAAUGACAUUUUCAUGCUCUCCCUGUCUCACAACCGGUUGACUGCGUUCGAAUUUCCUUCCCUAAAGGCAGCACAAGUAUUGCUGCACAACAACUCGCUGACUAGCCUUUAUCUGAACGAUCAUUUCACGCUGGUGCAGGCCGAACAUAACCGUAUCAAAAAACUUUCUGGAACGGGUGCGAAACUGCACACUCUGCAUCUUGCUAAAAAUUAUCUAGCUGACGCUAGUCCCAUCUCGCGAAUGAUCAACCUGGACACGCUCACCCUGAACAACAAUCCACUACGGCCCAACAGUGUGUUCAACAGCCUGCGAAGAUUAGUACAGCUAAACCUACGCCACACCAACAUCAAGCUCACCAAUGAAACGUUCGCCAACAUGGUCGAGCUGAAGCUGCUGGAUCUGUCGUACAACAACCUCAAAGAGCUCGAUCUCAGCAUGUUCUCAGGCCUCGUCGAGCUACAAACCCUCAUCGUGGCGUUCAAUCACAUAGACAAGAUCAACUUCCUCGAACUGCGCGAGUAUCUGCCGAAUCUACGCGUUCUGGAGUUUUGUGGAAACGGUUGGAACGCUACCUACCUAAGUCAUGAGCUAAAGUACGUGAAAAUGUACAAGCUAAAGGCUGGUAAAUAUGUAUGCAAGCCACCGUUCGCCAGUGGGGAGCAGGCUUCAGACGAGACAUAUUACGAUGAUUACGACGAAUACGACUCGUCGAUGGAGGGCCUUCCUUCGAUACCUUUGGAGCAACAGUUCGCUGAAUUUUAUCCUUCAUCUACAACAACUACUACGGCCAAGCCUACUCCUUCUUCUACCGUUAGCACAACUACGCCCAAAACAACCACGUCUAAGAUGACGACGACUUCUACGACCGGUCUACCGAAGCCAUCGACCGAGCCUUCCGUUCGACCGGACACAGACACCAUGGUCCCAGCAGUGGCCCCGUCGUCCACAGCCAACGAGCAGCCCGCAGAAGCCGAUUCUUCUCCCUUGUGUGUGACGUUCCAGGUGAUCCUGUACACAUUUCCAGUGCUUGGAGUUGUAGCCAUUUGCGUAGUGGCAUACUAUAUGCACCAGCGACGCUUGGACAUUCUGUUGAUGGAGUUGAUUCUGUUCGUCUUGCCUAGAAAGUGA